AUGAAUGAGCAAGUUGAGGGAAUCGCGAAAUAUGAUUCGAAUUCCGUCUGGCCCCAUAAAGACCUUGAUCUGAAUAUUGAAACUGAUCCAAGUGAUUACGAAUCACAAAUCGCCUGUUGCAAGGAGCGUAUAGCGGAAGGAGUUCUUGUUUACGUCUUCGAGGAGAAAUUAAAGACUUUAGAGGCGCGCGUGAAGAAGCGAGACUCCUUAAUGGCAAAAUGGCCUUCGCAUUCUCACGCGAUAGUGGAACGCUUGGACUUCUUCGAAGCACUUAGAAACUUUCUUCUCAAAGAUGGAGAUAAGAACGAAGUGAUUUCUACUAUCAAGGCUAUCGCGCAGGCCUACUUGUCGAAAAGGCUGGACUGGGUUCCGGGUUAUGUGACAUACUGGUCAUAUGGUAAACAGCUUACUGGGCUCAGAGAAUUCGACUGGGGUGAAUUUCUUUAUUGGAAUUUUGAGCAUAAAGGCUCAAAGGGAUUUUGGGUUGAAGGGCUGCGCGAUUCAAGACCUUCACCCAGGUUGUGGAAACGAAGAGUCUGUUGGCCUGCGACAUAUGAUAUGCCAGGAGAGACAAGCAGCCGCGGCACGCACGUAAAGGUUCCAGUUUCCCUUAGACUUAUUGUACCGGCCCAAAUGCGUGGCGUACCGGACGCUAGUACAACCUUAGAUCCCAACCGCCCACCCCCCUUGAAAGACGCAACGGAUAGGCAAAUCAGUGUGGUACCCAGAGAUCCAGUUCCAUUUAAUCUUCCACUCGCUGGUGAACAGCCGCCGAACCCGUCGAGUUCAAUUACGGGAAUUGCGCAUUCAAAAUGGCCACGUGAGCCGUGGGAGAGACACUUUGUAUGGGAUAAUCAUAUUUUCUGGAUGAUAGAUGACACUGGAGCCGAUCUUUGCAGUAUAACCGAGAGUGACGUUGAGCAUUUGGUCAAAGAAGCUACUAAGUGGUUCUUUCGCCAAACUGAGGAUAUUAAUAUCGAAGUCCCACAUGUCUCCCGGGUUGAAGACGUUGCUCCGCCCCUUCUUGGUUAUGUUCGGGUUCGAUUUGCCAAUGAUGAAAUGGGAUUCCAGCCAGUCCGAGCCAUGGAAAUUAACUUAUUGGGCCAGAAUCCUAGUAAGUCUAAUAAAGGCGCAUUCAUGCUCAAAACUUGGGAUAUCAUAGAGGUUGGCAUAGCGCCCAAUCCCCCGUCGCCUGAGCAUGAGCCCACCAGACUACUAGGACCUUGGCUGAGGCACAGAUUUUAUACUGCGACAAGUCCUGAUGGCUCGGGACGUCUUUAUAUUAUUAAGAAGAAGCGAAGAUUUGUGGAGGUGCCACAUGCUAAUGUCGGAGACUCCGGCUUGCUUCCAGGAGUUGGCGUACGACAGAAUGUUCCAGCGCAGGAACUGCACGGGCAUCUGCGUGUACGAAGUUAA